CCUAGAACACCUUUAUCGGUAAUCGAUAGCUUGGAGCUGCGUCCAUCACGUUCUUUUUUUUGUCCAGUAGGUGGCAGUGUGCGCUACGCGGCCGGUGAUAUAAAAACGUGAUGACGACACGCUCUCUCCCUUUCCUCUGUCAGCAGCGAGGUAAGGCUAUGGAUGGCGGCAGGCAACCUGGUGUAAUCCUGUUGCAUCCUAUUUGUGGGGACCGAAUCCGACCCCGCUCUGGGCCCCAGAGAAGGCUGCAGGGUGUCCUUUUACCGGGGAGCCGUGUAUGGACGGGGUGUACUGGCGGAUGGCUUGGCUAGCCAGAGUUCAGUGGCUUGUCCAUUUCCUGACUCACUGCUACCAUAGGAUCAAUGCGGGCUGUACAGGCCUCUGUCUAUGUACCGGUCUGACAUUGAUACUGUAUACCUGGGCAGUAGGUUAUUCUGUAAAAUAAAUAAAAUCAUUGCUGUGAUGUCAUAUAUUGACUGUGCUGCCCUAGUUUGGAGAUUGUUUGAUUUGUACGGCCCAUUCUAGUGUUGUUUGAGUUAUGUCCUUUUAAUGUGUUAAUACCAGUAAUCAUAUUUUUUAUUUUGGGUAUCCCUUUCGUUGGCUGAAUUGCCAUGUAUACUCUUUAAAGUACACGUGUAGAAUGUGUAUAAAUACCAUAAUAAUAACUAGUAGAUGUACGUUGUAGCCUUACACUUCUAGAAAAACCUAUGGCUUUUUAUAUUCUUGUUAUGGUACUCAGGCUUUAUAACUCCUGGAUAAGUUUAAUAAUGUCAUGGUGGUGUAAAUUAAUGCAUAUAUCUUUUGGAAGCAUAAUUGAAUUUGCUUAUCUGUCAGUCUAGACAAGUCCAAUAUGCAUAUGUAAUUCUGACUCUUAAACAAUUUCUAUCUCAGAAUGAAGACCAUUCUCAGCAACCAGACUGUUGACAUCCCUGACAAGGGUGAGUAUUACUCCAAAAAUUAUUUAUAGUGUUGAUUUUCAUUGGGUCUGGCUUGUGCAAAUGUUUCUAACCUGCUACUUCUAUUUACAGUUGAUAUCCUCCUCAAGGGCCGCACAGUAACUGUGAAGGGGCCCAGGGGUGUCCUGCGCAAGAACUUUAACCACAUCAAUGUAGAGCUUUGCCUUCUGGGCAAGAAGAAGAGGAGGGUUAGUGUUUCUCUCUUAUACUUUGUUAAAGUGUAACAGCAUAGUCAUCCAUGAUUAACUGCUCCAAUUAAAAUUAUUUUUGAUGUGUCAAUCUGUUAUAGCAUUAUGCUUAUAGCCAUGUUGUAGCAUUAGUGUUACAGAUGUUAAACCAGCACUGUCCUAUCUACUCUCCUUUUUUUGUGCAAAGUUUCACCCAUGUUAAAGGGGGUUAACCGUGAAAAGAGUGUUUACAUUGCACACUAGUUACACCUAGUGGUAGUCACUCAGAUGGCCACUAAAGGUGCUUCCUGUGUCAGUGCUGCUCUGUGCAGUACCGAUGUUCAGUGUUUCCAUGCUGUGCAUGGAGGCACUGAAUGUUCCCCAUAGAGUUUAUUGAUUGGCACAGUGUGGCAUUUUGCUGCACGUGCCUGAUAGCCUUUUAAUGCUUUUCUAUGCAAAAGCAGUGGAUUGGCUGAGAUCAUCAAAAUUGAUCUCCGCCAUGGAGGUAGGGCCAGCUGCAGAAAGUCUAGUGCGGUGUGGGAGGAAAGGUGAGUAAAAUCGCCUUUAAUCUCUGGAAAGAGGGGGGCCGGGGACCUCAAUGACACCGCUACUAGAGGCUGGAUUAACCCUAUUGUAAACAGCAAUUUCUCUGAAACUGCUAUGUUUUCCGCUGCAGGGUUAACAAUAGAGGGACCUGACACCCAGACCACUUCAUUGAGCUGAAGUGGUCUGGGUGCCUAUAGUGGUCCUUUAAAGUUAUGGUUGAAUCCUGAAUUUUCAAAUCGUUUUAGCUGUAGUUUUGUGGUAUAUGAUAGUAACACUUAACGCAAUCAUGUUAACUUGAUAAAAGAAGUAAGCCUCUCCCUAUCUGGAGCUUCCAUUAGCUCUCCUAAACUAAUCUCUGCAAUGCUGGGUAGCUCAUUGGCUGAGAGCAUCAGAUGAUUGCUAUUGGUCAGUGAGUUAAACCUUGCACUGCUACGCUUGGCUCAGUGUUUCUGACCUGAACUGAAUGUAGCUGAGGUGGGCUGCCACCUGAUUUACCCUAGGAAAGCAGUCAAUCCAUUCCAAAGCUGUUUGAUUACAAUGGGGGUGCCAGGGUACUUCUGGGACUAUAAUCACUGCAAUAGUGGUUGUGGUGCUUGGAGUGUUCCUUUAACUUCCACGAUAAUAAUGGGAUAUGCCUAAUUGCCUAUAAAACCACAUAUGUAUUCUGAAGUUUUUCUUUCUUUAUUUCUAGCUCCGCGUAGACAAAUGGUGGGGUAACAGAAAGGAGCUUGCCACAGUGCGCACAAUUUGCAGCCAUGUGCAAAACAUGGUCAAGGGUGUCACAUUGGUAAGUUGAGUUUUAAAAAGCACAUUAGUUUGUCUGCAUCUAAAUCUUCACUUUUUCCAUCACUAGUCUGUUUUGUGUGCCUUACUGUGUAUUCUGAUUGGUGCAGACACUUUCCACAGAACAACUUGGGAAACGGUCACAUCAAGACUAUUUAACAUGCUUUCAUUUUUUUUGUUUUUUUAAAGUGUUUGUGAAAAUGGGAUACUUAUCCCCAAUCUUUAGUAUGACAGGAUAUUUCGGUCAUAAUCGUGCAGCUUUGGUCAGUGUUUAAGUCUUUGUAGUUUCCUUGAUUCUGCCAGAAAGUGAAGCUUACAAGGCCAUAGAGAGACUGUUUAUCUCAUCCUGUCAUAUACUAAAGGUAGGGAUGAGGUUUUGUUUUAACAUAGACCUCCUUUUUAAAAAAAAAAUACGUUCCUUGAUGAAAAACUUAUAUUACAUAGGUUUGAGGUGACAGUUGUUCCUUAAGCAAGUUGUGUGUGAUAGAUAUAUAUUUCCCCUAAAUCUACAUACAUAUAUAUCUAUAUAUAUAUCGUUUGCUUUUAGGUAGUUAUGGAACAUUGAGCGUUUUUUUUGAUCUGUACAGUGGAGUGUUAAUGACUGCAAAAAUGAAAUACUAUUUGAAAAACACAAUUUGGCUCUAAAAUAGUGGCGUUUUUAAAUCAUGGAAUCGAUAUACUAUAGUGUUUUAAUGUAAUACUACUUGGAAAUAGUUUUUACUUUCAGAGGGUAAAAUUUAAGAAAUAUUUUAGACAUUCUCCAUAAAUUGUUUAAUUUAGGUCGUAGCACCUUAAGCACAGCUAAGGAGAAAUAAAUAUAUAUAAUUUUACUAGUUUUAUUUGAUUCAGACACGUGUACUGCUCUAUGCCUAAAAUAUCUAGCACACUAAAUGAUGUCCGUCACUUGGUAUACACUUUAUUAUCCAUAUUACAUUUAGCAAAUAGCGCAUACCUAGAAGAUAGAAUUUUCUAAGACUUGUAGUAUUCACCGCAGCACACUUAUUAAUAUAACUGUCAAAGGGAUGCGGAACAGGUUACAUGAAUUGCUCUUCCCUCAAUAUCUGUGCCCAUAUAGAACUGGUACUUAUAAGGGUACCAAAUGGCUUUGCUACACCUGUUGUCUAUUUGUUACUUAGAACCUGUCAAUUGGUGACUUGAUUGAAAGGAAGGUUAGCUUUGCUUGAAAAUAACUUGUAAAUGUAUCAAUUGUCUCUGCUUUUCUUGUGCAGGGUUUCCGAUACAAAAUGAGGUCGGUGUAUGCUCACUUCCCCAUCAACGUAGUUCUUCAGGAAAAUGGGUCUCUGGUGGAAAUCAGAAACUUUUUGGGUGAAAAGUACAUCCGCAGAGUGCGCAUGAGAGACGGUACAUGAUAGCUUUUGCAUUGUCCCUGUAUUAUAAACUGUUACAUUUAACAAUAAAUGUCACCAUUACAAAUUGGUACAGGAACAAUAGGUUGAGGAGCCUGCUUUAACGAAAUUACUCUAAUAACUGGGUGACAUUUCUGCGUAACGUCGUGUGAGCAGACUUUUAAUUGAGUUUUGGAUAAUUUAGUUCAUAGCAUCUUGUAUCUGUCAGAAUGGUUAUUGGUGCCUGUUUGGAUUUUAAUAUCAAUAAAUAAAAUCUAGCCUCUGCUUCUACACUGUAUAGAGCAUGUUCACAUUGUUAGGUCAAUGUAUGUGAAUCUUGAAAGUUCUGUUUAGUUAUCUCUAUAUAAAUUUGUAAGCCUCAUGUAAACGGUGAUAUGAGAGCGGCAAGAAUUUUAGCUCACCUAUUAUAUUUUAUUUUUUUGCCGAUGCAGUUCAUCUGGCAUGCACAGGCAGGUUGUUAGUAUAACUAGUGCUUGAAGUAGGUUCCAUGCUGACUUCUACAGUGGUUUAUUCCUGAGCCAGCUGUUUUGUUGCAUAACAUAAAGUAAUUCUAUUUAUGUGAAAUUUCUCUAUGAAAUAUGCUUGGGUAAUGAGGCUAGUUUCUUUUAGUUAAAAAAAAAAAUUUGUGUGAAUGCAAGCAAUUAAUACUCUUGGAAGCGUAUGAUUGCUCAAUUUCUUCAGGGCUUCAUGGAGUUCUAAUAAACUACAUUAAUUGUAUUGUCUUACACGAACACGUUUUUAUCUCUGCAGGAGUGAUUUGCUCCCUGUCUCAAGCCCAGAAGGAUGAACUGAUUCUUGAAGGAAAUGACAUUGAACUUGUAUCCAACUCAGGUAUGUCUACCAGUGUGGCAUAAUGUAACAAAUGCAAUGACUAAAUACAUGCGUAGACGACAGAAUUGGUAUAAAACAGUACUUUUUCACACCUAUUGAAAUUCUUGCCACUAUCUGCUUGAACUUGUUGGCAAAGAAAACCUCAAACAGUGAAGACAAUGGACAGCCCAUUUCAUACAGUGGCUUAUUGCCAUUUUCUUGAUCACAUCUGUUACAUUUUGUUUUCUGCAACAACGCAGGGUUGACUUACCAAAGAACCCAGUGUUUGUAGAAAGACUCUGUAUGAUUUGGUAGAUUUUCUUUACAUAUGCCAACUUUAACAUGGCUGCCUGCACAUCAGAAAAAUUAGCAGUUUUCAUUUUUUAUUUUUUUAUUCCUAUCUUCAGACUUGAAUACACCAAAUCUCAUUGGGUUCUUCUGAGACUCUUGCAAAUUGUGAUUUCUAAAUUUUCUUGUCAAUUUUCUUUCAGCUGCUUUGAUCCAGCAAGCCACCACAGUCAAAAACAAGGAUAUCAGAAAGUUCUUGGAUGGUAUCUACGUUUCAGAGAAGGGAACUGUCCAGCAGUCCGAUGAGUAAAAUGUAAGUAAAAUUUGACGCAGACUGCUUACCUUAUUUCCUGGGUAUAUAUGCCACUCCACUACCCACAUCAGCGAUGUGGGUCAGGAAUGGUCUUGUAAAUGAGUUUAUUUCUAACUUUAGAGAUAUUCAGAGUCUUUAAAAAAAAAAAAAGCCCUGUAGUGGUUGACUAAAGAUAUUAGAUUAAGUUUAAAUGUAUGUGCUCUAAAUUUGGCAGUGGGUAUGCACAAAAUUAAGUUUUAGACCUAUUAAAUGUCUUGUGAACUUUUCUGCUUUUAAGUAAUUAAAAGGAAAUACCCCUACGCCACCUUCCUGAACAACCACAAUAUUGCAUUUUAGUUGGAUGAUCUGCUAUUUUGGAAACUGUCUGUUUUUCAAAAUAGAGCACUUUUUUCUGCCUGACCUAAAUGUUGAAGUCACUAAGAUUGGUCCGUUCCUGAAAAGCCAGACAGUUGCACACUAGUGAGCAUUGGACUGGAUAACUCAAACAAUCAGAGGAGGCAACAAAAUGGCUGGGAUUUUCAGUAUACAUGAUUUAAAAGCUGUUUUCUUGCAAAGAUUAAGGUAUUAAAGAAACUGACACCAACAUUUAAGUAAACUAAAUGACUAACAAUGUACUUUAUUGAAUAGUCUAUUAGUGGGAUAUUUUGCAAAGCACAAAUUGAACAGUUAUGUUAAUUUUACUUUAUUGAGAACCUGUUUACUGAUUCCUUUUUUAUUCUGUUUCCUUUACAGAGUUUUCAGAUAUCUGAAUCCUGUGUCCCUUCAAUCAAUAAAAUAACUUUAUCUAAAUAUGGCUUUUGUGGGGGUUUUUGUUUGUUAUUGGUAUUGUCAGGC